AUGAAGCCGUUUCUAUUCUUCCUCUUAUCAGUUUUCAGCGUUUCCAAUGCGUGUUUGGUGAUUCAAUACUCCGUUCCACCAGCCUGCGCUUGUAAAGCUCAGAAACUGGACAGUUCAAAUAUUUUCAAAAACGUUCAAGAAGGAAACAUAUAUUUUUAUAAUGUGACGACAAGUAUUAUUAAGGCACCAGAACUGAAAAUCGAUGAUUGUUCGGUGUCGAUGUAUUGUGAAGAAGACUACAAGUUGUUUGUAUUUGAUACAGGCAAUGUCAAUGAAGAAUUCUUUGGUGAAUACCCCGCAGAAGGGUUCUGCAACCCUUAUCCACCUCAGAAAUGGCUAGUCACUACUAAUAGUGGGGAGCUUAAGCAGUUUAGCCAACUCAAUGGUGUAUGUGUUAAGAAAAUAGGAGCAGACGGGUGUCAAAAGACACGUUUUUGUUCGGAUGGGCUCACGCGUCUAACAUUUCUCGGUGGUCGGGACAAAGACACCUUGCCAGCUGAACUUCGGGGACUCGAUUAUCAAGACUCCGUAUGCUUUCAUAACACGAAAUAUUCUCCGUGGGAAAUGAAUUAUUGGAGACCAACCGUCGUACAACGCACUUACGUACGGUUUGUCGCUGCGGUUUGCGCCGACUUCUGUUAG